UCGCCGCCGUCCGCGCUGCCCCGCCCUCGGUCCCGCCGCUCGCUGGGUUCCUCGCGCCGCAGCCCCCGCCGUCCCCGCCGCGGAGCCCGCCGCCACUGCCCGAGCAGAAGAUGGCUGUGCCUCCCACGUAUAUUGAUCUUGGCAAGUCCGCCAGGGACGUCUUCACCAAGGGCUAUGGAUUUGGCUUAAUAAAACUUGAGUUGAAAACAAAAUCUGAGAGUGGACUGGAAUUUACAAGCUCAGGUUCAGCCAACACUGAGACCACCAAAGUGAAUGGCAGUCUGGAAACCAAGUACAGGUGGACCGAGUAUGGUCUGACCUUUACAGAGAAAUGGAACACGGACAACACACUAGGCACGGAGAUUACUGUGGAAGACCAGCUUGCACGUGGACUGAAGCUGACCUUUGAUUCAUCCUUCUCCCCAAACACUGGGAAAAAAAAUGCUAAAAUCAAGACAGGGUACAAGCGGGAGCACAUCAACCUGGGCUGCGACGUGGACUUCGACAUCGCCGGGCCUUCGGUCCGGGGCGCCCUGGUGCUGGGCUAUGAGGGCUGGCUGGCUGGCUACCAGAUGAAUUUCGAGACGGCGAAGUCCCGAGUGACCCAGAGCAACUUUGCCGUUGGCUACAAGACUGAUGAAUUCCAGCUUCACACUAACGUAAACGACGGGACGGAGUUUGGUGGCUCCAUUUAUCAGAAGGUGAAUAAGAAGUUGGAGACCGCCGUUAACCUCGCCUGGACAGCAGGAAACAGUAACACUCGCUUUGGAAUAGCAGCCAAGUACCAGAUCGACCCCGAAGCCUGCUUCUCGGCUAAAGUGAACAACUCCAGCCUGAUAGGGUUAGGAUACACCCAGACACUAAAGCCAGGUAUCAAACUGACGCUGUCAGCUCUGCUGGAUGGCAAGAAUGUCAAUGCUGGUGGCCACAAGCUUGGUCUAGGACUGGAAUUUCAAGCAUAAACGAACACUGUACAAUCGUUUAAUUUUAAACUAUUUUGCAGCAUAGCUACCUUGAGAAUUUAGUGUACCUUUUAAUGUUGUAUGUCUGGGAUGCAAGUAUUGCUAAAUAUCAUGUUAGACCUCCAGGUUAAAGAUGAUUCAGCUUUAAGGUGUUACCCUUUCAGAGGUACAGAAGAAACCCAUUUCCAAAACAGGUCCUCACAGCUGUAGACUUGGGGGAACUUGGCAGCCCCGCUAGAGACGUCAGGUUUCUUUUUUAUCGAGAAAUGGCUACAAGCGGAAGCUGAUGAUGAUUUGUAAGCACUUUGUAAAUUUGUAUUGCUUCAAUGUAUGAAAUUAUGACUUCCUGAGAAUUGAAUCUUGAUUUCCUACCCUAACUGAGAGAGGCUCACUAUUUGAUGGUGUGUACAAACUCAUCUGAUGGGACUUUUUUAGACCUGUUUCCACCCCGGUCCAUCACCUCUUUUGCACCAAAAGUAGUCUUCAGGGUGUGGUAGUUUCUUUUGUGCCAUUUUGGGGUGGAGAAGGUGGAUGUGAUGAAGCCAAUAAAUUCAGGACUUAAUUCCCUCUCAUGUUGUGGUUUUUCGCCCUUGCGCCAGAGUAUGAAAUAGCUUCCAAGAGCUCCAGCUGCAAGCUGGGAAGAGUCUGUGACUGUAAUCACAUGGUGACAACACUCGGAACCUAAAUUAGACUUCUGUUGUGUAUUCUCGCCACUCGGUUUAUUUUUUAGCAGUUUAAUGGGUACAUUUUAGAGUCUUCCAUUGUGUGGAAUUAGAUCAUCCCUUUCAAAUGCUGUAAUUAACAUCACUUAAAAUAAAACUUGAAUAAAAUAUUGAAACCUC